AUGUUACUUCGCCUUACGAUAAUCGAGGCGCAAAAUUUACCCGCAGCAGACUGCUUUUCAAAGAAGAGUGACCCUUAUACAAAGGUGACAAUCAACAAGGAAAUCCACCAAACCAAAAUUCAAAAAAGAACAUUAGACCCCAAAUGUCAUGAAGAACUCCGGUUCAUGAUCGAUCCACACAAUCUACCGUCUAUCCUCUUCGAGAUCUACGACUGGGAUAGAUUCAAAACCGACGACUUUCUCGGUCACGCAUCGUUGGCACUCAAACAACCAAUUAAGGGUGAUCUGUGGUUAAAUUUAUCAGUUCAAGGUAAGCUCCACAUAAACCUUGACACACUCAAAACACCCAUUCAGUGUUUGUACACCCAAUUCACGCCAGGAUUGGAUGGUAUAGCACUCAAAGCACUUUCUCAAAAACCAAACCUGACAGAAUCGCAAGAAUUCAAGCCGUCAUCUUUUAUGACUAAUUUUAACCUCGAAAAGUUCGAAAAGUCCGAGAUCUCGCGGCAUGUUCAGACACCAUUUUUCCCAAGAAACGAAAACGAGACGUGUUCCUAUUACGCCAAGUUGUGUGGCUACUUUGUACCAUACCGUCCCGGUGCUUUUCCGUCAGUCCCAGAAUGA